GCCAUGCUGCAGUCCCGCGGCCGGUACCUGCUGCUCCUGCUGGGGGUGCAGCUGGUGGUGAUGGCGUUGCUGUACCAUGAGGGCUACCGCCGGCGGGUCGCCUACUUCCUGGGCAUCUUCUACAAAGGGGGGGCCCCGGCUGGGCUGGGGGGACCACAGAGCGCCGCCCACAACGCCUCGCUGCCCGGCGACGUCUACGCCAACCUCAGCCUCAUCGCCCGGCCCCCGCUGCGUCCCGAGGAACUGCCCUACUGCCCUGAGACCUCCCCAUUCCUAGGGGGGCCGAUCCGGGUGACCUUCCCCCCGGGACUGACCCUGGAGGAGAUUGGGCGCAAGAACCCCUAUGUGACGGCCGGGGGCAGGUACCAGCCCCCCGACUGCGACCCCCUGCACCGCACGGCCGUCAUCAUCCCCCACCGCAACCGGGAGCAGCACCUGCGCUACCUCCUCUACUUCCUGCACCCCUUCCUGCAACGCCAGCAGCUCCGCUACGGCAUCUACAUCAUCCAGCAGGCAGGGAACUACACCUUUAACCGGGCCAAGCUGCUGAACGUGGGGUUCAAGGAGGCGAUGAAGGAUGAGGACUGGGACUGCAUGUUCUUCCACGACGUUGACCUCAUCCCCGAGGACGACCGCAACCUGUACACCUGCGACCGCUUCCCCAAGCAUGCCUCCGUCGCCAUGGACAAAUUCGGAUACAAGUUGCCCUACAAGACCUACUUCGGGGGGGUGUCGGCUUUGACCCCGGAGCAGUACAUGAAGAUGAACGGUUUCCCCAACAACUACUGGGGCUGGGGGGGCGAAGACGAUGACAUCGCUGUGAGGGUGGCGCUGAGCGGGAUGCUGAUCUCCCGGCCCUCCGUCCAGCAUGGCCGCUACCGCAUGAUCAAACACGGCCACGACAAGGGCAACGAGCAGAACCCCAGGAGGUUUAACCUGCUGGCCAAGACGCGUCGGACCUGGCGCCAGGACGGCAUGAACACGCUGGACUACCAGCUGCUGGCCAAGGAGCUCCAGCCUCUCUACACCAACAUCACCGUCGCCAUCGGCACCGAGAAGGGCCUGCGCCGCCCCACGUGA